UUUAUGUUUUAAAUUUAGAAUAGAGAUGAACAAGAUACAGGAACUUUAGAAUAAAAUCUGAAGUAAAAAUGGCUGCCAUUUUAAAUAAAGGAUACUCAAAUUGCUGUAUAAACUCUAAAUAAAUUAAAAAAUGAAGUAUAAAAGCUAAUGAUUUCGUUUAAUGAAUAAGGUUUUAAAUUUAUAGAAGACUUGGAUGUUCAAAUAGAAUAUUUGAAAACUAAAUCAAGUUAAAUAGGAAAACUAAUAUGUGAAUUACCUAAUAAUGCUUAUUAAGAGCCUUAGAAAAUAAAUUAAAUGAUUUCUGAGUAAUUAAUAGAAGUGGAAAAGAUAUAAGAAAUGUGUAAAUAUAAAUUGAGAACUCUUAUAGAUUCUGAGAUUUUGAACAAAUGUUUUUAUGAAAUUCAACAAUUAAACUUUAAUGAUACAAUAAAAAGAUUAUAUAAAAUAUUUAAUCCACUUUUAUAAGAAUAAAAUCAAAAUUGGAUUUGUGAGAAACAUAAAAAAUAAAUCAAAUUUGUAUAAUUAAAUGGAGAGAUUUCAAAUAAGUUAGCUUGUGAUCAAUGUAUAUAAAAUAAUAGAUAUGGAUAAUAUAUAACACUAUAGGAAUUAUAAUUUCAAUGGAAUCGAGUUACAAUAAAAACUUUAAAAAAAUAUAAUUACUGUUAACAUGAACUUUUAAAAAAUUCAAAUGGAAUGUUAUUUGAAAUUUAAUCUUUAAGAUAGAAUUUUAAAAAGCUUUUAGAGUAAAUUAAUUUAUAAUUGAAUUGUCAAAAUACAUUAGAAAGUGAUUAAUUAUAAUAAUAAUAUCAGAUGAUGUAAAUAGAUUGGUUAUAAUUAUCUACAGCAUAAUUAAUAGAUGUUGCUUAUAUUUGUAGUUAAUAGAAUUUUGAUGAUGAUAUUGAAAAAGAAUUCAAAACUAAAAAUAUAUUUAUAUCUUAGAUGUUAAAUGAAACUAAAAAAUUUUCAAACAUGCUUAAAAUUUAAUAUGAAUCAUUUCUAAAAUAUUGGAUUAAACCAAUAGAUAAUAAUAUUUAAAAUGAAGAGAUUAAUGAAUCAAAAAAUGAAGCUAAUCCAUAAAAAUAUUAAUUAUUAGAAUAAUAUAAUAUGAAAGAAGAGAAAUGUUUAUCAUUUGCUUUUAAUGGAGAUUCUAGUAUUUUAGUGGUUGGUUACAAUCGAUUUAUUAAAGUAUUUUAAUUUUAAUAAGGUUAAUUAACAUAAACAUAAAUAUUAGAUGAUCAUAAAGAUUAUAUAAGAUGCUUAUAUUUUAUGAAUAGAAGUAAUUAAUUUAUAUCAGGUUGUAAUGAUUUUAAAAUUAUUAUCUGGUCUUGUGAUAGUAAUAAUUAUUGGUAUGCACAAUAAGUAUUAGAAGGACAUACGGAUUAUGUUAGAGCUGGGGUUAUUAUGAAUAAUAGAGAAGAUUUAAUUAUUUCUGGAAGUGAUGAUCGUACGAUUAGAUUCUGGUCUAAAAAAAAUAGAUUAUGGAGUUGUAAAUAAAUAUUAAGUGGUCAUUCUAAAGAAGUUAGAAGUUUAAGUCUUAAUCCUUCAUCUACUUAACUUAUUUCAUGCUCAGCUGGAACAUAAAUCUUUCUUACUUAAUAUUCACCUUAUUCAAAACAAUGGUGUAACAUUUAAAUUAUAUAAACUGAAAAAAGUGGAUAUAGUUUAAAAUUUAUAAAAGAAGAUCUUUUCUCUUUCUAACCUUAUGAUUAAGGAAUUCUAUAAAUUUAUUAAUUAGAUUCAAGAAACAGAACUUUCUAAAUUAUUCAAAAUCUUCAAGUUAAAUCAAAAGAUAAUAGAUGGGACUUCUUUCCAUAAUAAUUUAUUGAAGAUAAAUCUAUUUUACUUCACAAAAAUGGAAACACAAUCAAUAUAUUUAAAUUUAAUCGUGAAAAUAAUUAAUUUACUAUUGUUCAAUCCAUUCCAAACUCUGAUGUUUAUCUAUAUGGUGCCCUGACUGCUGAUGCAUAAUAUCUAGUCACAUGGGAUACUGAUAGUAGAUGCAUUAGAGUAAGAAAAUAUCAAUAAUGA